AUGGGCGCCUCAUUCUUAAAGAGCCGGUCGCUCAAGGCCAACGACAAGAGCCGUACAAGAUCUGCGGAGCUCACUCUCAGAGAAUCAAUCUUUCCUCUCGCGCUUGUCACCGUCCUGUUUUUCCUCUGGGGAUUCAGUUAUGGCCUGCUCGACACGCUGAACAAGCAUUUCCAGAACACGCUCCAUAUCGACCAAGCGCGUUCUUCUGGUCUUCAGGCCGCUUACUUUGGCGCAUAUCCGUUGGCCUCGCUCGGUCAUGCCGCCUGGAUUCUUCGCCACUAUGGUUACAGAGCCGUCUUCAUCUGGGGUCUCUUCCUUUACGCUGUAGGCGCUGCUAUCGCCAUCCCUUGCAUCAAGGCGAAAUCGUUUGGAGGAUUUUGCGCUUCCAUUUUCAUCAUCGGCAAUGGCCUUGGUUCCCUCGAAACUGCCGCCAAUCCCUUCAUCACAGUCUGCGGCCCACCAAAGUAUUCUGAACUCCGAAUCAACAUCUCGCAAGCUUUCAACGGAAUCGGUACCGUCAUUGCCCCCGUUCUUGGCUCGUACGUCUUCUUCAACUUCAGCGACGAGAAGGCUCUCCAAAACGUACAAUGGGUUUACCUGGCGAUUGUCGUCUUUGUCCUUCUCCUGGCAACGCUGUUCUUCUUCGCCAAGAUCCCCGAGAUCACAAAUGCUGAUAUGGAAUUUCAAGCCCAAGAAGCCCAUGGCAGCUCAGACGACAAACCACUCUGGAAGCAAUACAGACUCUUCCACGCUGCCCUUGCCCAGUUUUGCUACACUGGUGCUCAAGUUGCAAUUGCCAGUGGCUUCAUCAACUAUGCUGUAGCGACCCGACCAGGCACUUCAAGCAGCCUCGGCUCAAAGCUGUUCGCCGGUGCUCAGGCUGCUUUCGCCAUUGGCCGAUUCUCCGGAAGUGGUAUCAUGCGCUUCGUGAAGCCACGAUGGGUGUUCCUUGUCUUUAUCAGCAUGUGUAUCAUCUUCAUCUGCCCGGCUACUACCCAAGGUGGAAACACUGGUAUUGCCAUGCUCUACGUCGUUCUCUUCUUCGAAUCUGUCUGCUUCCCUACCAUCGUUGCUCUUGGAAUGCGUGGUCUUGGCAGACACACUAAGCGUGGCAGUGGUUUCAUUGUUGGUGGUGUUGUCGGUGGCGCCUGUGUCCCACCCUUGACCUUUGUAGCAGCAGAGAGACAUGGCAAUGGCAUCAGCAUGGUUGUUCCUCUUGCCUUUUUCGUCAUUGCUUGGUCAUAUGCCUUUUGCGUCAACUUUGUGCCUGCGUAUCGCGAUGUUGUCGAUGCCUUCAGCGAGACUGAUGUUGGCACCCAGGGCCACACACACGAUGAGGAGAUUGCAGAGAAGAUUGAUCACGAGAAGCCUGUAGUCACCAACGUUCAGUAA